GCUGGUUAAUUCGCAAGCUCCCUGGUCCUCGGGGCUCCACUGCCAUGACUUGUGGUUCUUCGUCCCUUUUCACAUGGCAGCGCUUUUGACUUCUCGAUGAAUGUGUUCUUGAAUUCUUCUCCUCUAUUCUUCCGCAGUCUUCUUGACGAGAUUGUAUUGUUUCUCGCCUUGUCACUCUCACUUCAUUCUCCGUGUUACACUCGGCCCCAACCACGACAUUUUCUCUCGAAGCUAAGCUGUUUCGAUCAGCCGUUGCCCGAAGACUCCGAAUUAUGGACUGGCUUGGAUAUGCAAAGAUCGACUUCACCCACGCGCCAUCGCCUGUGUCUCUCAAAGAAAAUGAUGGCAAUCAGACAGACUUGCUCAAGGUCUGUGAGAAGAUCACACCGCCAUGCCGGAUGAACCCGCUCCUCUUCAAUGGCCAUCUGCAGACAAUGUGGACGGCCACCAAGCAACACGGGCCCCCGGUGUACUAUCGCCGGAAGGUGUUCCACGCCGACGACAAGGCAUUCGACGGUACCUUUGCCGUUGACUUUGUCACGGAGCCCUUCAAAGAUGUGGACAGUACACUGCCGCCUCGAACGAAGUAUUUCGAGGACCAGGACUUUGAGACACUGCCUUCGGAUGACGACAGGCCGCAGCUGGUUGUACUCCACGGCCUUUCAGGAGGCUCUCAUGAGAUCUACCUAAGGCAUGCCAUUGCGCCAUUGAUCGACUCGGGCAAAUGGGAGGUGUGCGUGGUGAACUCGAGAGGCUGUGCGAACAGCAAGUUCACCAGCGGCAUUCUGUACAAUGCCAGAGCGACGUGGGACUUUCGUCAGACGAUCAAGUGGCUGAGGAAGAAGUUCCCAAACCGUCCUUUGUUUGGCCUAGGUUUCUCGCUCGGCGCCAACAUGCUGACCAACUACUGCGGAGAGGAGGGCGUCAACUGUGAGCUGACGGCCGCUAUCGCGUGCUCCAACCCCUUCAACCUCGAGGUCGCAAACAAGGCAUUGAAGCGAAACUUCCUCGGCAGAGAGGUUUACCAAAGAGUCAUGGGCACCAGCAUGAAGCAGCUCAUUGCUGAUCACAAGGAAGAGGUGCAGAAGCACACAAACCUGGAUCUCGAACGUAUCCAGAACCUGACAUACCUUUGGGAGUUUGAUCGAGAAGUCCAAUGCAUAAGCUGGGGAUACCCAACGGAGAGUGCUUAUUACCGUGAUGCAUCAUCUUGUGACGCCGUCUUGGCCAUCAGGAUUCCGUUCCUUGCCCUUCACGCAACAGACGAUCCCAUUGCUGUAAACGAAGCCAUCCCCUAUGAGGAGUUCGAGAAGAACCCGUACACUGUUCUGUGCACGACCUCUCUCGGCGGACACCUCUGCUGGUUUGAGCCCGGCGGUGGAAGAUGGCACGCGAAGCCGGUUGCGAAUUUCUUCAACCAUAUGGCUUUCAACGUAGACCACAGCCAGCUGCCUCCCAAGACGAACAGCGCUCCACCAACGAACGGCAAAUCGGAGUUUCACUUUAACCCUGUGAGACGCAAGAUGGAAAUCAAGGCAGGCUCGGAUUAGAUGUGCACAGUAGAUAGACGUAAAACCCAAGCCGAGCCCGGAAACGGCGCAUGGAUAUAGAACAUAGAUAGAAGGCACCUCUGCUUGUUGAACAUUGACGCGGCUCUGUAAGGAGCUAGAGACAGCAAGAUGUACAACGAGGUGCAACAAGGUGUCGCCCGGCGGCCCCCAC